AUGGCUCAGUUCAUGGUAGAUAAUGAUCUACAUGAUUUGGGAUUUUUGGGUCCCAAAUAUACAUGGUCUAAUAAUAAAUUUGGGCUAAGCAAGAUUUGGGUGAGGCUUGAUAGAAUUCUAAUGAAUUCUGAAGGACUGAGACAGGCACCGGUUGCAGUUGUUAAACAUUUGGUUCAGCUGACUUCAGACCAUUGUCCAUUGAUGGUGAACCUUUUUGCUGAGAAAUCGAGACCUGGGAACAGAUGGAUAAGGGAGGACUUUGGAAUGCCUGAUGAGGUGGUGAAUUGCAAGUGUAGCAGAACUAUGAAGGCUUUGUUCUUUUGGAGUCGUAACCGACUGAAAGAACUUAAUGAGCUGAAAAUUUCUCUGGAGAGCCGUAUGGAGGAGCUUCAACUGGUGGAUUGUUCUCCUAAUGGGCUGAAUGAGGAACAGGAACAAGAGCUCAGAUUGAAGGCAAUUGAGUUGAACACUACUCUAGCUCGGCUUGCAACCUGGUGGAAGAAGAGAGCGAAAGACAAAUGGAUUGAUGAAGGUGAUAUGAACUCGCAUUUUUUCCAUUCCUUUGCGUCUGCUCGGAGACGAGGUAAUCGUAUCAUAGAAGUUGUAAAUUCUAAUGGGGAGAGGAUUGUUGAUCCGAACCUUAUUCAGGAGGAAUUUUGGAAUUUCUUCAUGCUGAAAUGGAGAGACAGGCAGUUUUCCCUGGCUAAUUGGCCUGAAUUCGGUAACCAUGAUAUGAUUCCUGCGCAGUACAGUGAUAGUAUGGAGGCUGAAAUUACUGAGUCUAAAAUCCGUCAAGCUGUGUUUAGUAUGGGCAGUAACAGAGCGCCAGGGAUUGACGGUAUAACCUCCUCCUUUUUGAAAUUUUAUUGGGAGAUUAUAAAGAAAGAUGUGAUUAGUGUUAUUAUGCAUUUUUUUGCCACUAAUGUGAUGUGCCAGAGCUGGAAGGAAACCCUUGUGGUGUUAAUUCGAAAAAUGGAGAAUGUUAAUAUGCCAUCAAAGUUUAGGCUGAUAAGUUUAUUUCAAUCCUUUUAUAAGAUUGUUUCUAAAGUAUUGAUUAACCGCCUAAAACCUGUGCUGAGUACUAUCAUUAGUGAGGAGCAGGGGGCUUUUGUUCCAGGUCGAUCUAUAUCCAGUCAUGGGCUGAUGGCACAGGAAAUGAUGAGUAAGUUUAUGUACUCUAACCAGAAAUCUGGACUUAUGGCUUUGAAGAUUGAUAUGGAGCAGGCCUACGAUUGUAUGUCAUGGGAAACACUGCAGGAAGUUAUGAAUUUGAUGGGCUUUAAGAAGAGAUUUAUCACUUGGGUUAUGCAGUGUAUUUUUCAGCAAAAGUUCACUUUGCUGAUGAAUGGGAACAGGACAAGGUGGAUUGAUGCUAAGAGUGGGCUGAAACAAGGAUGUCCCUUAUCGCCGUAUUUGUUUAUCCUUUGCUCUGAGCUUCUGCCCAAAUCUUUUAAACAGCGUGGAGUGCAGCUUGGAGUUCAGGUGGCUAGGAACACAGUAAGUAUUUCUCACUUGCUGUACGCUGAUGAUAUCCUUAUUUUUGCAGAAGCUAGCAGGUGCAAUGCCGGUCAGAUUAUGGAUCUUUUGGGAGACUAUUGUUGUUGGACUGGACAUAAGAUUAAUUGUGGCAAGUCUGCUAUUCUUUUUAACAGAAAGUGCCCAAGUUGGAGGAAGAGGAUGAUUGCUAGAAUGAUGGGAUAUAAAAAGGUUGAUUCCCUAGAAUACCUUGGCCUUCCUCUUGUCAUGAGGAGGCUGAAUGGGGCUGAUUUCUCCAAAAUUAUGAGAAUUGCAUUUGAGAAGAUCAACCUCUGGGGCAGAAAACAUGUUUCACUUGCUGGCAGGGCUCUCUUGAUUAGAACUUCAUUGUUAUCUGUUCCUAUGUAUGCUAUGACCCAUACUUCUAUUCCUAAUGGAGUUCUUAUGGCUAUUGAAAAAAUGGGGAGGCGGUUUUUAUGGCAGAAAGAUGUUAGCAGCCGUGGGAUGCAUUAUGUUGGGUGGAAGGAAUUGUGCCAACCGACGGAGUUUGGGGGGCUUGGCUUUCAUUGUCUUACUCAGUGGAAGGGAGCCUUGCGUGCACGGGUGGUGUGGGAUCUCAUUCAGAAUAAGGAUUCUAUUCUUUACAAGGUGUUGAUGGCAAGGUAUGGUAUGAAGUUAUGUGAAUAUGAUCAUGGGAAGAAAGUCUCUGUUACUUGGAAGGUGAUCCAAGAUGGUGCUAAGGUGUUGAGACCGAUCCUCAGGUGGAACAUUGUGGAUGGAAGCCAAAUUGAUGUGAUGCAUGAUGUGUGGAUUAUGAAUUAUAAUAUUGCUAAGUGGCCAACAUUUAUUAACAUUGAAGAAGUGGAAAAUAUGAAGGUCUGUAACUUGCUGAAUAACUCGUUUCAGUGGAAUGUAGAGAUGGUUAAGCAUUAUUUUGGGAAUAAUAUGGCUGAACGUAUCUUAGCCAUUAAUAUCUCCACUGAGAGUCAGGAGGAUAACCCGGAGCUCAUCUAUUCUAGGUUGAGUAUGACAGUUGCGGCAAUGGCUUAUAGAGAUAGUGAGGAGAAAGGGAACUAUGAAUUUAGUUGGUUGAAGCAACUGAAACUGCACCCACGGGAACAUUUCUUUUGGUGGAGACUAUUGAGGGUUGCCAUUCCAACCACUCACUGGUUGAAUAGAAGGACUUUAGCUGAUACAUAUCUAUGCCCGUGGGGAUGUAAUGAGGAGGAGAAUUUAGAUCAUUGCUCGGCCACGUGCACUAAGUUGAAGCAGGUGAUGGAAAUUCUUUGCAAAUGGGGGUUUAAUAUGCCCAUUGUUAAUUCCCUGGUAGAUCUAAAGGUUGAAUUGCUGAAGUAUGCUGAGAAUAAUCCUAGCAUGGGAAGGAUUUACUGUUAUACAGUAUAUCAAGUGUGGAGAGCCCGGAAUGAUAUGAAGCACCAUAAUAUGUGUAGAUCACCUUCUGUUAUUGCUGCUGCGGUUCUCUCUUUGCUGCCAAAACCAUUUAAAUGGCCAAUGCUGGAGCAAUGGGGUACUAAUCAACCCUUUGGGUUUCCGUCUCACAAGCUUUGGUGCCCUCCCCCUCCAGGUUGGUUGAAGUUUAAUUUUGAUGCAGCACUUCUUCCCUCUAAUCAGGUUGGCUUGGGUGUUAUAGCUCGGAAUCAUUAUGGGAAAUUGGUUGUUGCUGCGGGGAGAAGGACCGAACACUGGGAUGUUUUGCAGGCAAAAAUGUUGGCAGCAAUGGCAAUCCGUGAGGUUUUCAUGGAUUGGAUGUUUGCGCUGGAUGGAAUCAUUAUAGAAGGAGAUUGUAUUAAUGCAAUCAGGUGGCUGCAAAGGCUGAACGAUCGCCAGAAUGUGGUCCAUCGUAGGGUGGAAGGACCGGAUACAACUUUUCUUCAGGAGUUUAAACAGGUUCUUUUUCAAUAUACACAUAGGAAUAGCAAUCGUGUGGCUGACUUUUGUGCCCACCUUGCUUUAGGGAAUGAGUUUACUUUUUUUGAUGUGAAUAAUAGUGAAUUCCCCUCAAUAUUGUUGUCUUUUUUGAGGGAGGAGAGUGAUAGGGUAUAG